AUGCCCGACCCAGGUCGUGGAGAGGGGUACGGCGGAACCGGGAGCGACGGGAGCUGCCCCAGCCCCCGGCCUGGAGCGCACAGUUACAGCCGAGUCCGAAGGUCGGGUUGCGUUGCUAGCCCUGCCCUGCGCCGCGGCCGGCCGAGCACCGCUCGGUCGUCCUUCUCCGAGUUAAAAGUGGUCACCUGCGUAAGGUACAGGGAGGAAGCAAGGAGGGGCAGCUUCAGCGGGCGUCGGCGGCGCUGCGGGUCUCUGCGGGUCCCGGGGUCUCACCCGGCGUGGGGCUGGCACCGGGCGGCGCGAGGCGCCCCGCGCUCCGCGCCCGCCCCGGCGCCCGCCGGCGGCGCCGAGCUCAGCGCGCACCUGUGGGCUCGUUACCAGGACAUGCGGAGACUGGUGCACGACCUCCUGCCGCCCGAGGUCUGCAGUCUCCUGAACCCCGCAGCCAUCUAUGCCAACAAUGAGAUCAGCCUGCGUGACGUCGAAGUCUAUGGCUUUGACUAUGACUACACGCUGGCCCAGUACGCAGACGCGCUGCACCCCGAGAUCUUCAGUGCUGCCCGUGACAUCCUGAUUGAGCACUACAAGUACCCAGAGGGAAUCCGGAAGUAUGACUAUGACCCCAGCUUUGCCAUCCGAGGCCUCCACUACGACAUUCAGAAGAGCCUUCUGAUGAAGAUUGACGCCUUCCAUUACGUGCAGCUGGGGACGGCCUACAGGGGCCUCCAGCCUGUGCCUGACGAGGAGGUGAUUGAUUUAUAUGGGGGCACCCAGCACAUCCCGCUGUACCAGAUGAGCGGCUUCUACGGCAAGGGUCCCUCCAUCAAGCAGUUCAUGGACAUCUUCUCGCUGCCGGAGAUGGCGCUGCUGUCCUGCGUGGUAGACCACUUCCUGGGUCAUGGCCUGGAGUUUGACCAGGCGCACCUCUACAAGGACGUGACGGAUGCCAUUCGAGACGUGCACGUGAAGGGCCUCAUGUACCAGUGGAUCGAGCGGGAUAUGGAGAAGUACAUCCUGAGAGGGGACGAGACAUUCGCCGUCCUGAGCCGCCUGGUGGCGCACGGCAAGCAGCUGUUCCUCAUCACCAACAGCCCUUUCAGCUUCGUCGACAAGGGGAUGCGGCACAUGGUGGGUCCCGACUGGCGUCAGCUCUUCGACGUGGUCAUUGUCCAGGCAGACAAACCCAGCUUUUUCACUGACCGGCGCAAGCCUUUCAGAAAACUCGAUGAGAAGGGCUCCCUGCACUGGGACCGCAUCACCCGCUUGGAGAAGGGCAAAAUCUAUCGGCAGGGAAACCUGUAUGACUUCCUGCGCCUGACAGAAUGGCGUGGACCCCGCGUGCUCUACUUCGGAGACCACCUCUACAGUGACCUGGCGGACCUCAUGCUGCGGCACGGCUGGCGCACGGGGGCCAUCAUCCCCGAGCUAGAGCGCGAGAUCCGCAUCAUCAACACGGAGCAGUACAUGCACUCGCUGACGUGGCAGCAGGCGCUCACGGGGCUGCUGGAGCGCAUGCAGACGUACCAGGACGCCGAGUCGCAGCAGGUGCUGGCUGCCUGGAUGAAGGAGCGGCAGGAGCUGAGGUGCAUCACCAAGGCCCUGUUCAACGCUCAGUUCGGGAGCAUCUUCCGCACCUUCCACAACCCCACCUACUUCUCCCGGCGCCUCGUGCGCUUCUCCGACCUCUACAUGGCCUCCCUCAGCUGUCUGCUCAACUACCGCGUGGACUUCACCUUUUACCCGCGCCGCACGCCCCUGCAGCAUGAGGCGCCGCUCUGGAUGGACCAGCUGUGCACCGGCUGCAUGAAGACACCCUUCCUUGGCGACAUGGCCCACAUCCGCUGAGGGCACCUUUAUUGUCCAGAGCAGGGCCUAACCCCUCCUGCCCCGCCCAUGCUGGGCGUCGGUCCAGGGCGGGCAAUAAAAGUGGUCUCCCUCUU